AUGGAGGUCAUCGUCCAGCGAUGCGACGAGUGGGGCAUCUUCGCGUGGGCGGGCCCCCCGUCGACGCACGGGCGCACAAACGCCAUCGCCCGGGGCCCGCAGUGCUACCCUGACAUCGACCUCUCGCGGUUCCCCGCCGAAGGCGCGGCGCGGCCGCACGGAGACGCCUCCUUCACCCUGUCUCGCAGGGGACUGCAGCUACGACUCAUGGUCGCCGUAGGAGACCUGAGGAACGUGGGCGGGGUGGGUAGCGAGCACGUAUUCACUGUCAAGCCCAACCAUGUCAAGGGAAAUACAUUUACUUCCGUCCGUAUCCAAGCCACCCUCGACGAGCCAGAAAGAUAUGAAUGGGCAGUGGGCAUCGUGAAUUACCUCGCAGUUGAGGAGCUAGAGGUCGGGAAGCUCGAGGGCCGGAAGGACUAUCUUUGCUUUCUCCUCUCCCGCACAUCUGGUGGAUCGUGGCGCAAAGUGGCCACGGAGAAUAUCCUCCUUGUACACACAUUGUUCUGCUGGGAGAGUCGGGAACCCCUUUCGAGAUUAUGGUUAUGA